AUGGGUAAUAAACAAAGUUCGAAUUGUUUAAAUGGUUCGGAAGAAUUUGAAAAAUAUAAUUUGGAACGAAAAACAACCUUACGACAAAAUUUUUUGUGUAAUUUAUUAAGAAAAUCGCGUUGGAUUGCAACAUUUUUCACACGAACAAAUCUCACCAAUAGUGAUAAUCAAUCACAGAAUCGUAGUAUUACAACUAUACAAGCAACUGAUUGCAUACUCAAAAAUCGUCCAGCAUUACGUCUUGAUUCACGUCUUGUUUGCAAAUAUGAAGUAUUAGCUAUAAUUGGAAAAGGAUCAUUUUCACAGGUUCUUCGGGUACAACAUCGUCUAACACAUAAAUAUUAUGCGGUAAAAUUAGUUUCAGCUGAUUGUGGCACUGUAAAUAAUGAAUUAGCAAUAUUAAGUCGUGUACAGCAUCCAUUUGUGAUUCGACUUGAAGAGGUGUUUAAAUCAUCAUCACGAUUAUUUAUUGUAAUGGAAAUGGCAAGUGGUGGUGAAAUGUAUAAUCGUGUGGUAGCAAAAGGAAGAUAUUCUGAAAUAGAAGCACGACAAGCACUUCGAAUGCUUUUAAAUGCAUAUCAAACGCAAACAUCGGAGGAGAAAAUGACUGAAACAUGUGGUACACCGGAAUAUAUUGCACCAGAAGUUCUUCUUCGAUCAGCUUAUACUGAAAAGGUAGAUAUGUGGGCAGUUGGUGUCAUUGCAUAUAUUUUAAUGUCCGGUAUAAUGCCAUUCGAUGAUGAUUGUCGAUCUCGUUUGUAUACACAAAUUAUUACAGCUAAUUAUAUUUAUUAUCCACAGUUUUGGUCUGGUUCAGAAUUAGCAAAAGAUUUUGUUGAUGCAUUACUGGAAACGGAUCCGGAUGUACGAUUAAGUGCAACAGAUGCCGUAAAACAUGAAUGGUUUAUGGGAAAUCGAAAUCAACUAAAAGUAAUAAUUAAAACACGACCUGCUUCCGAUUUUACGACAAUUCAACGGACACGUUCCACGCGAUCAAUUCGAAGUGUUACACGAUCAGAUCACGGUCAUCGCGUUGAUCCACGUGAAGUAGAUCGUUUAGCUAGUGAUUUACAACGUUUAGCAAAAUUUCAACAACAUUCAACUAAACAUUACGGUUUUUUAUAG